UCGUGUCCCACGUGUACAUCGAUAAAUAUACAAAGUGAGAGUGAGUAAGUGUACACACAAAACCCAACAACAACAACAAUAAUAACAAAAUUACCUCACGGCUUGACGACGACGACAAUCAUGGCUGCGGGUGGCUUCACCAAGACCGACGAUCCCUUCCCGAUCGACGACGACGUAUCCUUCACGGUGAUAAGCAUGAUGAAGUGCGACAGGCCGCUGCCCCGCGAGGCGAGCGAGCGCGACAUCCUCGUCCAACGCGUCGCCAUGAUCGCCCUGGUCGAGCUCUACCUCGCCAAUCCCUUCAAGGACAAGAUGAAGGAUCUGUUCCAGGCCAUGGGCUGGGAGCUGUUUCUGCGCUAUCGUCAGCUCGAUCACGUGCCGGUGCUCGGCGCCGGCACCUUCAUCCAUCGCACGACGCGCUGCCCCGCGGACAUCAACAAGAGGCGACUGCACGACUUCGACGCUAAGACGAUUCGCACGUGCACGUUCGACGUGAUGGGCCUGGAGUACAGGAUCGAGUACAAGACGGACGUGCACUUUUACAGCGACAGAGACAGCCGGAUCGCGGACGCGUUCUUCACCCAAUACGGCGAGAAGUGUCGCACGGCACUGAGGCCCAUCGACGUGUUCAAGACCGUGUUCAAUCAGCUGGCCGAGGCUGGGGCCAAGCUCAAGGGGCGCAAGGACGAGGAUAUCGCCAAAUUGCUCGAGAUUUAUGAGAACAAAUUCCCAUAUCUGUACAUGUGAUGACAGAUACAGAUGAUUCUGGAUCGAUCGACAAUAAUAAUUCCCAUAACUCCAUUGUACAUUGAUCAAUACGAAUGUAUGAUAUAUAUCUCGGUCGGAUCGUUAAUUAUAUAAUUAUGUGAUUGUGAUCGUGUGCAAAAAGAAAACAAUGACCGAAAAAAAACCCUAUUAUGUGUAAAUAUUAGUCGACAAAAUUUAGCAACUGAAUUAUUUAAUUUAGAAAAAAAAAGAAGUAUUUUUUUUUACGAAUAACGGCGAACGAAUAGAAAGACACGCACGAAUAAGGAAUGUCAAUUUUAUUGUGCAUAAUAAAAUAUAAUAUUAACUGCUUUCAACAUAA